CACUGCGUCGACAAACAGGCCGUUUGUUUUGGUUCCGCUUCUGGUGGGAGUCCGAUUUCAUUUGAGGACUUUCUUCUGUCAUGUGACGAGCUUCAGAAUGGAAUUUACCCGCAUGGUGUUUGUGACCUUGUUAUGCCUUUGUACACACGCAACCUCGCUGCCCAAUUUCGUUGUGAUCUUUGCCGAUGAUGUGGGUUUUGGGGACUUGGGGUGUUACGGACACCCCAGCUCGCUUACACCGAAUCUGGACCGACUUGCAGCGGAGGGACUCCGCUUUACGGACUUCUACAGCACCAGUCCCGUCUGCAGUCCGUCCAGGGCGUCGCUGCUGACUGGUCGCUAUCAGACCCGCUCGGGUGUUUACCCCGGAGUUCUGUAUCCCGGUUCCAUCGGCGGACUACCGCUCAACGAAUCCACCAUCGCCGAGGUGCUGAAGCCUCUGGGCUACGCCACAGCUGCCGUGGGGAAGUGGCACCUGGGAUUCGGGCCGAAUGGAAUGUUCCUUCCUACCAAGCAGGGCUUCGAUGAGUACCUUGGCAUACCGUACUCACACGACAUGGGUCCGUGUCACAACCUGACCUGCUUCCCUCCGGAUGUUAAAUGCUUUGGCCAAUGCGACAUGGGCACCGUUCUGGUCCCGCUGAUGCACAAUGAAGUCAUCAAGGAGCAGCCCGUGAACUUCCUGGAUCUGGAACGGGCAUACAGCGACUUCGCCGCAAGCUUUAUCACCACCUCGGUCAAGAAGAAGCGACCUUUUUUCCUCUACUAUCCGUCCCACCACACCCAUUACCCCCAGUAUGCUGGCGAGGGGGCUGCCGGAAAGACAUCAAGAGGCCCAUUCGGAGACUCUCUGCUGGAGUUUGACAACACUGUUGGAAACCUGCUUGCCACCUUGGAAGAGAGCGGAGUGAUUAACAAUACGCUGGUGUUUUUCACGGCAGACAACGGGCCUUCGCUGAUGCGCAUGUCCCGCGGCGGCAACGCCGGAGCUCUGAGAUGCGGCAAAGGCACCACAUAUGAGGGCGGCAUGAGAGAACCCGCCAUCGCCUUCUGGCCAGGCACCAUCAAGCCAGGUGUAACACGUGAGCUGACCAGCACUCUGGACAUCCUGCCAACCAUCGCUAGGCUUGCAGGAGCAAAAUCGCCCCCAGUUGAGCUGGAUGGUGUUGAUAUGACUGAAAUCCUGAUCAAUCAUGGAAAGAGUAAGAGGGAGGCUAUGAUGUUCUACCCUACUGAUCCCAGUGAAAAGUUGGGCCUCUUUGCACUCCGACUUGGAAAGUACAAGGCACACUUCUUCACACGAGGUUCAACCUUAAGCAGCACCACCCCCGACAAAGAAUGCUCAAUGUUCGCCGUCCUUACCGCUCACGAUCCGCCGCUGCUCUUCGACCUGGAGGCGGACCCCUCGGAGCAUUACCCGCUAGUGCCGAGCGGCGAGACGGAUAUCCCGGCGCUGCUGGAGAGAAUCAAGAAAGUCAAGGAGCGUUUUGAAGCCUCCAUGUUGUUUGGAGAGAGUCAGAUCGGGAAAGGAAGCGACCCGCAACUGGAGCCUUGCUGCAGUCCGCAGUGCAGACCGAAACCUCAUUGCUGUCAAUGCUGACGGCUCGUAACAAAAGUAUUGCAAAAAUCCAUGAAGGAGUACAAUUAUCUUUGUUCAUUCCGGUAUUUCUGUUGACUCUUAAUAUUGCACUGUUUCUAUGUUGUGUUUCUAAUCCCACAAAUACCACCAAUAAUAUGAAGGCUCCCUCUAAUGGUACGUGAAAAAAAAAAAUUGAUAUUCAAACCGUGCAUAAUGUUAGUGACUUCCAACAUUUGUUUUAAUCCAGUGCAGUACAUUUGUUAAGUACAGUUCAGUUGGAUUUAACAUUUAACGAAAAUAUGAUUUGUUUGAAAAUUGAUUCUGGUACAUUUUUAGGUAACAUGGCUAAGUAUUUUUUGAGGUUGUACUUGAUUCAAAAAGUUAUAGAAGCAGUGGCUUAAGUCACGUUUUAAUUUAGUACCACAGCAGUGAUAAAACAAUAGCAAUGUGCUGGCUAAAUUUUUAUUUUAUUUUUUUGCCUGUGUAGAUUCUCAGUCAUGAAGUCAAGAGUUGUAAUUUUAAGAAAAUAGUCAUGCUAUUCAAACAAAUCUGAUUAUGAAUAAAAAUUCAAAUGCUACAUGAAGAGAAUAAAGUUAUUGCACAUUUUGAGAAGAAAAUAAUAGCACGUUGGUUCCAUGUGUUGUCACAAUAAAAACGAGAAGAAUGGUUUUGGACAUCAAGCAUAUAUUUUAUUCUUAAGACCAAAUUCAUGACAAAGCGGAUUCUUUUUUUUUUUCCCUCCCUUGAGUUGUACAAGUUUGAAAGGUAAAAGAUAAGAUAUGUUGCUCAGUCACAUACUGUUCCCUCUAAUGUAUGUAGUAUACACAAUCACCCAAGCCAAUUAGCAAUGUAGCCACGCGGUACCUCAUCGUCUCCAACACCCAUUUUUGCCUGAGUUUUUUUUGUAUCAGGGCACCAGCAUUCACCGCAUUAUGUCCUAAAUGUAAUGCCAAAAAUAUGUUGAAACGUCCCAAAUAUUGCAGAUCACAUAUACGAACGUGUUGUUCUUUGUUGUUGUGGUGGACUCUUGAAUCCAUGACAUACUCAGUAGUUGAAUAACAGAGGGGAAAAAACGGACACAGCACUACUUAGGAGUCUCUAUGGUUAUAUACACCAGCAAAAUGAUAGCAGUGGGAUGGAUGAAAAAAACAGCCAAGCCCUGCCAAAAUCCUACCAAAACAAUUUCCAUACAACUGAUUGAGCAUCUAUACAAUAUCCUUGAUAGCCAUUCUACUAGUGCGCCGAAUUGUGAGAAUACUAGUACAUGGAGCCUAAAAUGCAUAUCAGUGAUGUCGAAUAAAUGUUCAAACGUCCUUCCAAUUUCACUGUGCCCUUCCCUCAUGUACAUAAGAUAUUAAAUACUCUUCCUACUGGAGAUUAUAUGACUGAUGCUCACCCUCUAAACGCAAGAAAUAAAACGUGACAGCACGUAUGACGACCUUAAUGAUUUUUUUUUGUCCGCCUUUUUAAUUAAAAGCCUUUUUUUUUUUUAAAGUUGGUUCAGAAAAAAAAACAAAAGACAUGACGUUUUUACUACACGCCAGAACAGUCGUAGUGGAAAUAUGGCUUUUCAGUGGGCCUCUUGGCUGCCUGACAAACAGGAAACAAAUGAUCGUGUCACAACGUGAGCUGAGUGUGAAGUUUAAAGGGCAACACUGAAGAGAAAAAAAACCCAGAAAACCAGAAUAUAGUUGUGAUGUGUAUGAGGAGAAAAACUUAUAUCAUAAGGGAAAAGCCAGAUUUUUUUUUUGUUGAACCCUUUCAUGCACCCUGUCACCUGAUAACAUAAUAAGCUGUUCACUGUAGUGACCACUGUCCCUGAAAGGGUUACGAAUAACUUCCCUAUAAUUUCAGGAAAAAAUAUGCAAUACUGCAGAAAAAGGUCCUACUAAUUUGAGAAAGUCGGAAUAUCACAAGGGAAAAGGUAACUUUUUUGUCCUAUUUUUACAAGAACAAUUUUUGACAGGAAAAAACGUUUAACCUGUGAUGGUAAAAGUCCUAGUUGGGGGAGUAAAGUGUCCUAUUUGAGAAGAAUAAAAAAAUUAAGAGUUUUCAUGUGAAAAAGUCGAAUUUACGUCAGUUAAAUCACAAUAUUAUUAGGGGGGAAAAAGCACUAUAUUUUCAGAAAAAAAAUCCAUAUAUUU